AUGGAAGCGCUGACUGAGCUUACCGAGGAAAACUGGCAAGCGACCGUUAAGAAGCAGGAUGAGAAGAAACCAAACCCAGUGUUUGCUGCCGCUUUGGCAGCUGGCGAUGAGAACCAGAGACGAGUGCUGGAAUACCCCACCGAUCCACUGAUCGGCUUCCAUCUUGCCUCUGCCAACGCCCCGUUGACGCCACUGUCGCCAUAUAGAAUCGAGAAUGCGGACAAGAAGGACAUCAAGGAGAGGAUUGUCGAGACGGCGAGGAUGCAGUGGGGUGAUUGGUUGGAGGCAUUCAGAGAGGCGGUUGGGGAGAAGAGGAUCACGGUCAGGUUUGCGGCGGCCGACUUUUUCUCAUUGUGCUGGACGUUGAAGAGAAACAAGGAGUGUGGAGAGUUGGAGGCGUGUUGGCAUAGGAGAGAGGUUAGGUUUGACAUUUUGGUCUUGGACGAGAAGGAGUAUGCAGAGGGAGAGGCGCCGAAUGAGUUUGACGUUGUUGACACGGGAGUUUUGGGGGAUGAGAAGGGGGUGUUGAAUAUGCUUGUUGCUGGGUUGGUGUUGUUGAAGAGGGUGCCUUCGUCGACGAUAUAUACGGAGUGUUAUGCGAAGGAUUAUGAGGCUAUUUUGGAGGGGUACACGUCAGCGUUUUCGGUUUUGUUGGGGGUGAGCCCGGGGGAGUAUUGGACUAACUCGACGAGUGUGGCGGUUGUGGAUGAGGUGUUGGCUACGUUCAGUGAGAGGUAUGCUGAUGACGAGAGACCGAGGGGCAUUCAAUCGAGGCUGGCGUGGAAGUGGAAUUCUUUGCAGGUUAAGGGGCAGAGCGACCAGUUGACUAUGGAGGCGAGGGAUUUGAUCAUGUUCUUUGAAGGGGUGUUUGGUAGGAUCUUCAAGGCUUAUGAGUUGAGCCAGGACAACAGCAAGAGAAGAGGGCCGCAUCACCACUUCCACUUCAACACUGCUGCAGCUAUCCUCAAGGUUCUGUGCGAAAGACUGGGCUUGGACUUUCGCAGGGUGUUGGAUCCAUAUGAAACGUUGCCUGCGGACUUUCGUGCCGGGACUUUGGAACCUCACAUCAAGGGAUGGGGCAUUUGCGGUGUGCCUGAACCGUCAGGAAACCCCGCAUAUACGGGGGAUUUUCUGUCUGGUGAGCCGGCUUUGAAGUUGAACAAGAAGCUUGACUCUGUGGCGAUUACGUUUACUGUGCCGGCGGAGAAGUGGAAGCCGGUAGCCCAGUGUUCCAGAGACGAAGGCAUUCCUCUGCCUCUGAAGGUAACAAUCCCGGAAGCCGAGAUCGAAUACACGAACUACCAGCUAGCGUUCGGCUCUAUCACCAAGUUCAACUCGCCUGACCAGGAUGGUGUCCCAGGCAAAGCGGAUGAAGACAAAGAAGAAUGGUCCGGGUCUUCUGAUAUAGUGGUGUCGCUAUAUGUCCCUAUGGAGAAAUUGGCGGGCUUCCAACAAUCCAAACAGAGUGUGGCGCUGUGCACUGCAGACCCUUUCUACAACCGAUUGGCGUACAAGACGGUGCUGGGCAAUCCUCAAUGCGAAAUUCACCGAGUACCCAUCGAUAGUGUACUCGUCACACAUGUACUUCCAGGGCAGUGGCUCCUCGAAAAUGAGACGGUAUCGGUUGAGUCAGCGACCAAGAAGCUUGGCGAAUCAGAGGUAACUUCUUCAAUGACUCCAUGGUUUACAGCUAAGCUGGAUGAAAAUGCUGUGGAUGCCAAGGCGGAUGUUGUCUUGCAGAUCAUCGGGCACAUCGAUAUCACCUCGGAUGAAGGGCGUAGCUUGUUGUCGGACAAGUCAGUGCCCAUCAAUAUGGAGCAAGUCUCGCCCUUCACGAUUGAAGUGGUCUUUGGCGCCCGGAAGUUGGUCUUGCCCAUGAUCUUCACAGUUCCUGUCUCCAAGGAGAAGUGUGCCCUAAGAGUGGCACGCAAGUCACACUAUGUUGAGGUGGUUUCUUCUUUGGUGAAGCCGUUGGAUGUGCCCCUACUUGACACGCACAUCCUGCCGUCGACAGCGAUUCAGCCAUCUGGGAUCCCGGCUACGCUCAACAUCCCACACCUUAACCUUGACAACCUUCCCAUUCUGUCAAUCGACGAAGAUGAGGAUGAGGAUCCCCGGAUCAAGUUUUUGACCACCCUCACCUCCCUCGUCUUCUCGGGACAUGAGCGCCGUCUCCGCGAGGAGGUCAACGCACAAGACGACAACUACACCGGUCUCGGCCCUUCCCCUCGUCUCAACUUCAAGGAGUCCCUCUUCACCAUGUUUAUGCUCUCCUCUGGUCUUCAAGGAGGACAAACAGGACUCUUUGCCAUUUCGGACCCCAAGAAUGGCGGCAUUCACAUGCUGCUGUUUGUCAACGCCAUCCGCCUUGACUGUCCCCAUGCCACGGUCGUCUUGGAUGCUGCUAUUCUUCCUUUCACAAAGGCUUUAGUUGACAGCAAGGAGCUAGAGGGCUUUUUGCUGUUGAUCAGAACUUUGGAAUGCUGCACCAUCACCGUUGAUGACGAAGAGCUCAAGAUGUGGAAGAAGGCUUUGCCUGCCUUUGUUGAGAGGUGCAGAACUUGGGAACAUAACCCCAAGACGUGUGAGUAUGUUACUGCCUCGGGGGAGAAAGGGCAAAAGACUGUUCCGUUGAGCUUGAAGGAGGGGGAGCAGGUUAUUUGCUCUUGUGGUCAGGGGAAGUUGCCUUCGGAUUUCAUCCCGUUGCCGGAGUGGGAUGAGACUGCUGCGAGGUAUUCUACUAGGGUGGCGAUCAGCCCAGUUUAUGCUUCGCAGUUGGUGGAGGAUAUCAUUGACCCGGCACUGGCGAGAGGGUUGGCGGGGGGUGGUGAGAAGAGGGUGGCGGGUUGCAGGGCGUGUGGGAAGGUGGAGGAUGAGGAGGAGGGGGUGGCGUUGAAGAAGUGUGGGAGGUGUUUGAAGGUCAGGUAUUGCAGUGGGGAGUGCCAGAAGAGGGAUUGGAGGAAGCAUCGGAUGGAGUGUGAGGAGGCUGAGGAGCAUCACCGGAAGUAG